AUGAUUUUUUCAAAUUUAAUAUUAUCAACAAUUUUGUUAUUAUUUUUUAUUACAGCUUUAAAAAGUAGUGAAUCAAUCUUUAGUUCAAUUACUCAAACUGGUAAUGAUUUAGAAAUUAAAUUAGCAAAACCAUUAUAUGUACUUAAUAUUACAAGCUUAGAUUAUUUAUAUCAUGAACUAAAUGGUACAUCUGUUUUGAACUCGUGUAUUUUUAAUUCAAAUUUUUAUUCUUUGAAUUUAACAAGAUUAAAAGAUGUUGUAUAUCGUUUUGAACAUAAAGUGGGUUCAAGUUAUUAUCACUUUUUCUCUAUUUGUUCCGAAAUGCCCAGUUUUAAGAGUCAAUCUGUUGUUGCAAUUUUGUAUGGGAACAUCGCGGAUCAUAUUAGGAUAACUGGAAAUUUAAAUACAGAAACUUUUGAACUUGGUAGGUUUGGUUUUGAUAAUUUUGCACUAAAAUUAACAUAUAAGAAUCCUACCUCCGGCGUUUGUUAUAAUGGUAAUAAUGAAGAUUACAGGAGUGGUACCACAAGAAAUUAUUAUUUCCAAUGUGAUGAAAAUCAAGAAUUUAAUUUUACUCCACCAUCAACCAAAUAUUCUGAUGAUUGUAAUGUAGAUGUUUAUAUUAAAACAAAAUAUGUAUGUCCAUAUAAAAAUAUCAAAAUAACACCAAUUAAAUAUUCAUUAAUUCAACCAAAUAUUUUACGUUUUUCAUUGGAUGAAAAUUCUUCAAAUUUAAUUUCAGUGAAUAAUGAUAAUAAUGAUUUUCAAGUUUUACCAAUAAAGCCAAUAAUCAAUAGUUGUGAAAAUAAUGGUGAUAUAAUUACAGUAAAUGGUUUAUUUUUAAAAAAUUUACAAUUAAAAUAUACAUUUAAUUUCCAAGGUGGACAUACAAUAGACCCGUCAAAUAUAAUAUCAUUCAAUUCAACUACAUUGGUAAUAAACUCUACAGGCUUUGUUGAUAAUAACUUUUUUAUUUCUCUCUUUGAAAAUAAAUCUGAAAGCUAUCCAAUUUUAAAACCACAACAACAAAUGGAAUUACGUUCAUUUAUUAAUUAUUAUUUAUACAUUGAUUGUAUAAAUUGUGAUGGUGCAAAUUUAAUGGGUUUAUCAAAAAAUUAUACAAAAAAUAGAGGAGAAGCAGUUAAAGUAGACAUAUAUGAUAUCACUUUGAAUGAUAAUGGUGGAAUAUAUUUCGAGGCUCCAAUUUAUCCAUUUAAAAGAUCUGGUGCCUUACAAUUACCAACUGAUUUUCGUAAAAUUAGUGACAAUGAAAUAUUUCAAUUUAAUGGUAGUUCAAUAGUAUCAAUAAGUGGCCUUUUCAUUCCAAAAGUUUAUGAUAAUCAAGCAUAUAUUAUAGGAAAAUUAGAAUUUUCAAAUGGCACAAUUUAUAACUUGGAUUAUAAUACUUUGAAUAAUAAUUUAUUAUCAGAAGGUAAAUUCAAUAUUCCAAGUGGUAAUGGUAAUGGUAAUUUUUCAAUUUAUAUUAAAGAUAAAAUGGUUCAUUCCAAUGCAUUUAAUUAUCAACCACCAUUAAAAUGGAUAUCAUCAUUCACUCAAAAUCAAGAAAAAGUACAAUUACAUCUUUCAUUCCCAUUUUCUUUAUUUCCAAUAACAAGUAUUAAAUAUAAUGAUAAAAAUGGAAAAGAUUUAGACUAUACUUUAAUUGAACCAAAUAUCAUUUCAUUCAAUUUAAAUACAUAUUCUACAAAUGUGUUUUCAUUUAAUGAUGAUUAUCAUAAUGAAACUUUAACAAAUGGAUUAAACUUCCGUCCAAUUAUUUAUAGUUAUUCAAUUGAAAAUGAUAUAAUAACAAUGGAGGGUCUCUUUUUAUCAAAAUUGUCAAAUUAUAAUUUUUAUCUUGAUGAUAUUAAAAAUGCUGUUUCUUAUGAUCAAGUAACCUAUUUCGAUAUUUCAAGAUUAAGUUUAAUUAUGAAUCAGGCUUCACAUGUAUAUGUUUAUAGUGAUGAAAAUUCGUUUACUAAGGUACCAGAUAUAACUAUUACAAGCGAGCAAGACCAAUUAUUAUUUACAUGUAGUAAUUGUUUAGGUGGAUAUAUCAAUAUAGACAAUCCACAAAGUAAUCAAGAUUCUCAAUUCUCUCAAAUUGGUACAAUUGUAAAACAAUUUAAUACAAAAACAAUUUUUAAUAAGUACAAUAUUUUUACAUUUACUAAAGAUUCAAAAACAAUAGUUAUACAACCACCAUUACCUACAAAUUUAAUAGUUCAUGAAUAUUCAGCUCAAUUUUCAACUUUCAGUAAUAAUACUAUUAUAGUUAGUGGUGAUUUCUUGAUGGAUAGUUACAAUGGUUUUGAUUAUAUCGAUUUCCAAUUUCAAUUUGACAAUGGUACAAUUCAUUCAGCAAAAAAACAACUUUUAUCAAAAUCUGAUCAAAACUAUAAAUAUCAAAUAAAUGCACCAUUUGCAUAUGGUUCUGGUAAUUUUAGUGCAUCUGUUACUUUUGAAAAUAUUAAAAAGACAAUAACAAAUUCAUUCCCAUUCUAUUAUCCAACAAAACCAAUAGUCACUUCAAUAUCAACAAUCAAUGAUCUAGGUCUUACAAUAAGUGGUGAUGGUUUCUUUGGUGUAAAAAUAUUUGGCUCUUUUAAAACAAUUACUCUAAUUGAAGAAACUGGUCUUUUUUCAGUUCCUACCGAAUGUGAAUACACUCAUGACCAAGUUACAAAUACAAAAAUUUAUUGUCGUUUUUAUCUAUAUUCCCCACAAUAUUCUCAAGAUGAUCCAAUUACAAUUCAAAUAAGAAACUCUGGUGAAUUUGAACCAUUAUAUACCCAAACCUUUUUUUAUGAUUCAAAAUUUAAUCCAGAAAUUUUAAACAAUGAUAUUAGUUUACAUUCAGUUUUCUCCAAAUUACUUGCAACUCUUUUUAUUAUAUUAUCAAUAUUGCUUCAAUAA